AGAAAAAAGGGUUUAGGGCUUUAUUAUGUUUCUUUUGUUUUUAUGAUAUGAAAAGAAACCCUCGCUAGCGGAUAAGGAAGGCCGUUGUAUAUAAAGGGGAAAAGCGACUGGAGUUUGACAGAGUGAGUCCUUUCGGAGUCAAGUAGGUUUCCUCUUCCCGCUCGGGCAUUAACACGAACAUCUCCCCUGCCGAAUACUUGAUUCUUCUUCACUCAUUCUUGUUAUUGCUUGAACGUGACGGGGAGCUCCAUAUAAGGUACUGACAUACCAUAGGAAAAUGAAGUACGUUUUGGUGACCGGAGGGGUGGUCAGCGGUCUCGGCAAAGGCGUCACGGCCAGCAGCAUCGGCGUUGUACUCAAAGCUUGUGGCCUUCGCGUUACCUCCAUUAAAAUUGAUCCCUAUUUGAAUACCGAUGCUGGCACAAUGUCUCCAUUUGAGCAUGGGGAAGUAUUUGUUCUCGAUGAUGGUGGAGAGGUGGACCUAGAUUUAGGUAACUACGAGCGGUUUUUGGAUCUGAGACUAACUAGAGACAACAACAUUACUACAGGAAAAAUAUAUCAGUCUGUACUUGAGAAGGAACGGAGAGGGGAUUAUCUUGGGAAGACUGUACAGGUGGUCCCCCACGUCACUGAUGCCAUUAAGAAUUGGAUUGAAUCAGUAUCAGCUAUUCCUGUCGAUGGGAAAGAGGGCCCUGCAGAUGUCUGUGUUAUAGAGUUGGGAGGCACUGUAGGUGAUAUCGAGUCGAUGCCAUUCAUUGAAGCUCUAAGGCAGUUAUUCUUCACAGUUGGGCAAAAUAAUUUUUGUUUGAUUCAUGUGAGUCUUAUACCCGUUCUUGGCGUUGUCGGUGAGCAAAAAACUAAGCCAACACAGCAUAGCGUGCGGGAACUGAGAGCGUUAGGCUUGACUCCUCAUUUCUUGGCUUGCCGUUCUGCACAGCCAUUGCUGGAAAGUACAAGGCAGAAAUUAUCACAGUUUUGCCAUGUUCCUGUUGGCAAUAUUCUUAAUAUACAUGAUGUCCCAAACAUUUGGCACAUUCCACUUUUGCUUCGGAAUCAAAAUGCACAUGAUGCCGUUCUAAGACAUCUGGAUUUACUGAGUGUUGCCAGUCCUCCCAAUUUACACGAAUGGACCAAUAGAGCUGAGAUUUUCGACAACCUAAGCAACUCUGUUAGUCACAAACCGCUUGUUUGCACUCUUAACUCAUUCCCUUCUGAAAUCAUAAAUAUGAAUUUCUGGCUUCUAUUGCAGGUUAGAAUUGCAAUGGUGGGGAAGUAUGUUGGGAUGGCAGAUUCUUAUUUAUCUGUUGUGAAGGCCCUUCUGCAUGCUUGCAUAGCGUGUUCAUUAAAGCCUGAAAUAGAUUGGAUUGCAGCCACAGAUCUUGAGGAUGAUAGUGCAAUAUCGGCACCAGAAACUCAUGAAAUAGCUUGGAGAACUCUUAGGAAUGCUUCAUGUAUCCUGGUUCCCGGUGGGUUUGGAGAUCGGGGUGUGAAAGGAAUGAUUUUGGCUGCAAAAUAUGCUAGAGAGAACCGAGUUCCAUAUCUUGGGAUUUGUCUGGGCAUGCAGAUAUCUGUAAUUGAGGUUGCCAGAAAUGUUCUGGGCUUGGAAAGAGCAAACAGCACUGAGUUUGAUGAUCAGACGCCCAAUCCUGUUGUGAUUUUCAUGCCAGAGGGUUCAAAAACACAUAUGGGAAGCACAAUGAGACUUGGUAGCCGAAGAACCUUAUUUCAGACUUCAGAUUGCUUAACAGCAAAGCUCUACCAUAGCUCAGAGUAUGUCGAUGAGCGACAUAGGCACAGAUAUGAGGUUAACCCAGACAUGGUCAGCAUUUUGGAAGAAUCUGGGUUGAAAUUUGUUGGGAAGGAUGAAACCGGAAAGCGGAUGGAGAUUGUGGAGCUUGCGGACCAUCCCUUUUAUGUGGGAGUUCAGUUUCAUCCAGAAUUCAAGUCACGCCCUGGGAGGCCGUCGCCUCCAUUCUUAGGUUUUAUUCUGGCAGCAAUUGGACAGUUAGGACCGUAUCUUCAAAAUCCUCAAAAUGGAAGCUUAUAGCAUCAUGCAUUUGACUAGGAGGUACUUCAAAAUUUUCAAGGAAAACCGGGAGCCAUCAGAUGAGACGAAAUAUUAUUUGGCAGUUUUCUCUAAAGGAUCUGCCAAACAAUUGGAGAACUGAUUUGGUUAGGCCAACACAACCUACUGUGUGGAUUUUGAUGCUUGGUGAAGUAAAUUUAGUUUUUUUUUUUUUUUUUUUAUGUGAGCUUUUAUACAAGAAAGAAAAUCGUAUGUUAUGCUGAUUGUAAGUAUGUAUCAGUGAUGGAUCCCUGGGUGGUUUUGCAAUACGGCUGAUAGAAGUCGUUACCCUGGGUGAAAGCGAAUGUAGUUGGAGACAAAAAGUUUUGAACAUUGAGUUAUAUGUAUGGAUAAUGAACAGAAAAGUUUAGAAUUUUGUUGUUGUGUUUGUAAA